AUGGUACCGAUACCCUGGAACUGGCACACUCCAGGCCGCAAUGAUGUUGCUCAGGUUCUGCUUGGGGUAGCAUCAUAUACACCACACCAGUUCAUAACAGUACCAUCAGAUGAUGCAAGCAGCCAGGCCUCGGUGGCUCCCAUGACGAGCUUCGCCUUCAACACGCUCAUCGGCCAGGUUAAUGAGAUUGCCGUGAACGCCGUGAAGUGGAAGUACUUCCUGCUGUUCGCGAUUGCGAAUUUUACUAAUGCAAUCUUCAUCCACUUGAUCUUGCCCGAGACGAAGCAGUUGCCGCUCGAGGAGAUGAAUUACCUGUUUACCCAUGAGUCGUGGAUUAUCGCGCGUGUUGAUCUGCAGAAGUACACGGCGCAUCUGGCGGCUGACGUGGAGAGGAGAGCUGCGGGGAUUAGGAAGAAGGAUGAGUUGUAG